UGGCAUUCUAUUCCUAUUCCUUUUCACCUGCUCUUGCACCACUUUCCAGCUUUUGUUUGCUCACCUGUCCUGUACAGACCGAAGUUGUAACCAUGGGCCCUGCUCGCCAAAUACAUCUGUAGAUAGGUAACUGCAAAUGGCUUCCUCGAGAUGUCAGUUCCUCGAGCUUCCCCUCGAGAUCCGGCUCGACAUCUACACCCACCUCCUCCUCCACCCUCCUCUCGAGAGACUCUGCCCGGCCCGGCCCCUGGUACGACUUUAUCCAGCUAUCCUCUCCGCCAGCCAACAAACUCACGCCGAGGGGACACCCAUUCUCUACACCAAGAACAUAUUUCUGGCGCACGCGAUGCUGCUCGCCUCCUUCCCGCGGUUGCGGUCCUGGUACCCACCCGUCCGAGAGCGCUCGGUGCUCCCGCGCAUCCGCCGCUUCCACGUCCGCGUGCGGCUUGACUGCGACCCAACUUUCGACGCUGGCGCCGCGACGGCGGCCUUCAGCGGUGUUGACGAGCUCGUAGUUGAGGUAUGGCAAGCCGUGUUCCAGGGGGCCGACCAUGACGCGUUGCGGGUGUUCGAGGGCGUCCGCGGCGUCAGGGACGUCAAGAUCUACGGGAGCACCAGGGGGUUUGAGGAGUAUGUGCGCUGGCUUGAGGAUGUGAUGCGUUGUGAUGCCGACGGCGGCGAGAGAACUGAAGCUGUCGAGAGGCGACGGCCGAGUCUCACUGUGAAAUUCAAUGCCUAGGUACUAAUAUUUGGGCUGGGUUUUGUGCCCAUGGUGUCUCAUUCCACAGACGCCGACCCUUUCAUUCUUGAUACUCUCGCAUCACUCUAGCGAACAGAUAAAUAGGGGUAACCACUCGCCCGAAUCAUUAACUCAAGAC